AUAUCGAGGACCGGAUACAACAACAACAACAAUGACGACGGCGGACAUAUCGAUUUAUAAACAAAUUCGAAAGCUAAGGAAGAAGUUGAGACAAAUCGAACAUUUAGAGAGCAUUGACCGAGACCUUUCAAACGAGGAGGUGGUUAAGUGCAUGAAGAAAGAUUCAAUCAGGGAAGAGCUGCUUGACUUACUGCAGGACUACAAUGCAGACAAUGUUAGCCCAGUGGGAGAAUCAGACUUCAACUCUACAAGGUCAACCAUCAAUGUCAGUUGCUGUGAUCACAAUGCUCUAGUUACACAUGUUACUAGUCCACAAGAUCGGGAAUCGGAUCUUAGUUUGAUAGAGCUAACAGAAGAGGCUGCUGUAGACAAUUCAGGAGAUCAAGAAACUAAUUUUAACAGUAAUGCUGAUGCUGACAAAAGUAGGGGUGAUGCUCCUAUCCUAGUCAAUGUUAAAGAUGAAAACAAUGGUGAUGAUAGUGGACAACAACAAACAACAACUGUCACAGGAUCCUCAUUCCCUGCCAGACCUGAGCAAAAGAGACCCAGCAGUGUAUCACCAACCAAGAAACCAAAAGACAGCUCAGCUAAACCACAGAACAGUGUGGCAGAGAAAUGGAGAAGUUCAAUAUUCAGCGUGACGGCCCUGGAAGGUCACAAUGACAUCACCUUGGCAACAGACAUUUGUGACAAGCUCAUUGUGUCAGCUAGCCGUGACACGACUGUGAAGAUCUGGUGCAUGGACAGUCUAAGGGAACUGAAAAGUCUUGGGGGACACACGGGCUCUGUCACUGAUGUCCUUGUGAAACCAUACAAGGAGGUGCCCAACUUGGGGGCUGCAUUUGAGGUGUCUGAUAGCGACCAUUUAGUUUUCAGUGUUUCAACAGACUGUUAUCUCAAAGUAUGGUCUGCAGACACUGGUGAGCAGUUGCAAUCCAUUUACACAUACAGCCCUAUCACCAAGGUGUGUUACUACCCAGAGGACGGAUUGAUCAUCACAGCCUCAGGAGGUGGCAAGGUGGAACUCUGGGAUGUGGUGACCAAGGAGAUGGUAGCGUCAGAACACGCACAUACUGAGGCUGUCACUGGAGUGUGUGUAUCUGGCAAGACCAUAUGUUCCUCCUGUGGUAUUGUUGGGGAAAUCAAGGUGUUUGAAGUGCGAGACAGGAAACUCCACUGCGUGUUUGUGUCAGAGAACAUGAAAGAUGCGGCAGGACACGCCGUACCCAUGAGACAAGUGCGAUCACUUCUUGGCAGGGGAGACAACCUGUACUAUGGCGAUGAUGGUGUGAAUGUUAAGAUAAUGUCUUGGAGACAAGGUCUAGUGAAGAAGCUAUCCAACCACAAGGGUGAGUGCGGUAUGACUGAUGCCCUAUGCCAGUGUGGGGACAUCAUGCUAACGUCUGCCUAUGACCUGGACACCGGCAGAGGAUAUCUUAAUGUGUUUGACAUCUCCAAAGAAGCCGUCUAUUUGGCAACUAUCGAUGACGGGGAGACAGGCAGAAUUCUUGACCUUUGUUGCCAUGCAACAGAGGAAGGAGUCAUCACCAUAGUGACAGCAGGGGUAGAUCUUCUUGUGUGGAGAAAGGUUGCAAAAAAAAGUGGUACAAAUGAUGUCCAAGCCAGGGUUAUCCCACAACUUACCCAGUUUGCCCAGAACUCAGACCUCGAGUCCGAGACGGAAUUCUCCGAGACCGAAGACGAUGCCAGUAGCCAUUCUGGUUCCCGGCGCACCAGUGUGCAAGGUCAAGGCCAGGGCUGGAUGUCCUGGUGUUCAUUGGUCUGAGCCAACCAUCUUGACGGCAUUGACAUGGACCUAACAUGCUUUUUUUAGGCUCCAGUGUACAUGCAAUUGCUUGUAUCAUACGAGGGAACUAUCUUUGCCACAUUCACAUGGGCCUAACAUGUAUAAGAGACGCUAUGCCAACUGCUUUUUGUGUUAUCUUUGGCUUAUUCAGUUUGUAUUGACAAUAAAUUAAAGAUGUUCUUUAGGAUUCAAUUGCAUUCUGAUGUUUAUUUUUAUAAAUAAAUUUAGUAUUAAUAGUUUGUAUCAUAUAUAAGUGAUUUUCUGUAAGAAAUAUGGUACAACAAAAUUCUGUAAAAAAAAUAUCUAGAAAAGUAUCCAUAUUUGUGCAGUUAUUUUGAAAUUUUAUGGAUGUUUAAAUGGGCAUUAAAACUAGGCCAAGUUCUUGCAUAAAAACUGUCAAGUUUUUGAGUAAUUGUUAAUGUGCAUGUGGUAAUACCCCUCAGUUAAUAUCACUGUCAGAGGUCAGAGCCAUUAAUUUGUGUUUACUGAUUUUGCGAGGUGUGAUACUAAAUUUAUCAAGUUCAAAGUGCUGAAAGUUAUGGUGCUACCUUUGUUAAACAAUUGAAAAAAAGUGGUAUGUUGAAAAAUUCUUUAAAUUGCUCAAUUCUUAUGCAAUCUAUUAUCAAGGACAAGUCAUAACUAAUUAAAAAGGGAUUUCUAGUGAUGGGCAGUAAAGUUAUGCUUUUGUUUUGUGUAAAAUGAUGUUAUGAUCAUCAUUUAACUAUUUUGUUGUUCUUUCAAACUGUGGUAUAUCUUUUUUGUUGCUAUUGGUAUAGGUGAACAACUUUUUCUUGAAAUAAUGAUGUGCAAUGUAUGACUAUCACAUGCUUUUGUAUUUUGUUAACCAUUGACUAAAUGUCAUUAUGGUCAUUAGAGCAUAAUACAUGUAAUCAUUUUAUGGUAAUUAUAUUAUAGUUUAUAGUAUUACAUGUAUAUGAAUAUUGCAAGCAUUUUGGUGGUUUAACACCCCUUAAUUCAUAUAAAUAAAUAAAUAUUUCAAAUAAAUUUUGAAUGUGUGUCAUUUUGCAUUCAUUUCUCAAAGGUUUGUCAAGGGACUAUUCGCCAUUGCUUUAUUAUUGUUUAUAAUUAUUUCCUUUAUUUUCAUCAUCAUUAUUAAUUAUUAUGUUAUUAUUAAUAUAGUCAAAGUGUGAGUUAACACUUAAAAGGUCUUAAAUCAGUAUGUUGUAUGGGUUUGAAGGAAAAGAUUGUGACUGUUAUGCUUGUUUAGAUUUAAUGUAUGUUGUAAGAAAACAACAAUCUCAAAACUUAAUUAAAUUGUGCAAUAGAGUGAAGGUUUUAUGUAUCUAAAUUGACAAAGAAUGUUGCAUUUGAGAUUCUUAACAGAUAUGCAUGUGUGCUUUGGCUAUGAAAACAACUCACAAGACUGGAAACAGCCAGUCUUUAAAACUGCAAAAGUAAGCUCCCUUGCUUCACUUGCCAUAAAUGUUCUUAAGCAGGGGAGAGAACUGGUCACAGAGGUGAUGUGAAAAACAAAUCAGUGGUCUGGUUUAUAUUACGUUGUUUGCAUCAUUGAUACAUUGUCGUAUUAUGUGCAUUCUUAACCCUUUCCCACUCAUAAGCAAAGUGAAAAUGGCUAUGUGCAAACAGCAUAAAAUCAAAACGGCCUGCAAGUAACUCGCAGUCUGUUCAGGUUUUAUGCUAUUUGCUGCUCAUCAGUCUUAGGGUUGGAAAUAAAGCCUUUAAAACUUACAUUUCGUAAGAAAGGUCUAUUAUUAAAUGUUUCUUUCUAAGGGACUGCAAAUGCGUUCAAAUACGUAUUCAAGUGGUUAAGGGUUAAAUUGAUUAUUAACACCAACCAUGUCAACAACUUGACACUUAUAAAUUAACAGAAUGCAUUAAUUUUUAAUGAAAUGCCGAUUUUCUUGAAAAAUGCUUAUAUCUUUACAUGGCCCUUAAUUUUAAUAUGAAAAGUUUUUGCAAGCCACAGUGUUUCAGUGCUAAACCCUUUAUACUCUUGUUGUAUCAGAAGUCGAGAAAUACUUACAUUGUGUACAUAAAACAACGAAGGGUUGUUCACAGGCCAAUAAAUAACAAUUAUGCAAAAAUCAUUUUGCCUCUAACAAAUAGAAAUAAUUUGCCUAUGGAAAGUACAUACUUUUUACUGUAUUGCAUAUCCGUUUUUCUUUUGAAUAUUUGUAUUGUUUUUUUUUUAUAUAUAUUUACUAGUAUCGUGUUAAUUUAUAUUAAAACAAAGAUAGCAAUUCUAUUGUAUGCAAAACCUAAUGUAAGAAAAUUAUUAGUGGAUUUACCAUUUACAGACCAUAUAUUAACCCUUUCCGUGCUGGAACCGAAUUUUGAAGGCCUUUGCAAACAGUUUGGAUCCAGAUGAGACGCCACAGAACGUGGCGUCUCAUCAGGAUCCAAACUGUUUGCUAUUCUGAUAUUAUUUUUUCAAAAAAAUCAAAGAAAAUGCUCUUUUUAGAAAUUCAGUAAAUAACAUUUUUGCAGACGACAAAUUUCCCAGCAUGCAAAGGGUUAACCCUUUCCUUCUCAGAAGUGAAAAUGGCUCUAUGCAAACAGCAUAAAACCAGAACAUCCUGUGAGUAACUCGCAGUCUGUUCAGGUUUUAUGCUGUUUGCUGCUCAUCAUUUUCUAAAGGUUGAAAAUGAAGCCUUUAAAACUUGAAUCUAGUAAGAAAGGUCUUAAGUUAUAUUUAACUUUCUAAGGGACUGCAAAUGUGUAAAAAUAUGUAUCUAAGUGGUAAAGGGUUAAAGAUAAUAUGUAACAGUGUUUUUAUUUUUCAGUUGUUAUUUUAUAUUACUUUAUUACUGCUCACUUCAUGGAGAGCCUGAUAUGUGCGUAAAUUUGAUUCUUGUUAAAACUGUUUACAUAACUAUGCAUAUAUUAUUGCUGUCUGCAUUUGAUUUCAGGCAUUUCAUUUAAUCAAUUCUCAUAAAGCUGCAAAUAAAUUGUAAGAUACAUUUUUAUUUUUGUAUUAAAUACAGAGCAUGUUGAAUGUGAAUGGAAUGGUGAUAUAUUGAUUUAUUUAUGAAGUCAGUUAAUACAUAAAUCGCUAAAUUAUGAA